AUGCUUAAGCCUAGCCCCGCCGUUGUUGAUGCGCUAGCAGCGUUGGAAGGGGAAGGAGAGGAGAAGAGAGGGAGAACGGGAGAGAAGGAGCAGUGGAGUCUGGCUGCUGAAGUGCUGGUGAAUCCGGCUAGUAAUGGGGUUAUAGUGGCAACUGUGGGAGCGGGAGCGGCUGUUGAAGAGACGGGUUCAGCAGGGAGUGCGCUGGCUGCAGGCGGGGAGGACCCUGCUGCGAUGGAUGGUACAACCACCGCUGCUGCCACUGCUGCUGGUAGCAGUGGUGGAAGGCUGGCGAAUGGGGAGAAGCAGGAGGAGGGUAGUGGGCAGGCGGGAGCAGCAGCAGCAGCAGGAGAGGCAUCGCAGGCGUGGCAGGGGUUGAUGGAUGCACAGGUUGAUGUGAUGAGUGUGUCCCGCCCACUCUCCUCGCACCCCUUCCUGCACGCCACCUUCACCCCCAGUGACUACUCCACCGAGUUCUACAUCAUUCGGCACGGGGAGGCAGCGCACAACGUGUCGCUGCUCAUAGGAGGCCGCUCCCACGACGCUCCCCUGACAGCGCUGGGGCAGCAGCAGGCGAAGCUGCUGGGAGCGUACCUGCGCGAGUACGCUGGGCUGCGCUUCGACGCCAUCUUCUCCUCGCCCAUUGAACGAUCCAAGCAGACAGCCAUCCUCGUGUGCCAGGAGAUAGGCGAGGUGGAGAGCCGCAUUCAGUAUUCGGACGAGCUGCAGGAGCUGUCGCAGGGGACGUGGGAACGGCAACCGCGGCGGACCAUCUACCAGCAGGGCGUGCUGGAGCAGAUGACUGCUGCUCAGCCUGACUUCCGCGCCCCUGGGGGGGAGUCCCAGCGCCAGGUGGAGUUCCGCAUGGUGGAUAGUGGCACCAGUGGGGACGAUGGUAUCACCAGCGCCAGCAGUGUCAGCGGCACCGGAAGCCACAGUAAGGGGGGCAGUGUGUUUCGUGUUGCAGUGUUUUCCCAUGGCACUGCUAUCCGCUGCCUGCUUCGGGGUCUGCUUGGUUCCAACCCGCACUUGACCCAGAACAUUGGCAUCGACAACACCUCUAUCACGCUGCUGAAACACACGCCUAAGAAAGGGUGGCAUCUGGUGAAGACAAACGACACCGCCCACUUAAUUAUUGCCAAGGGUCCGCUGUCUGCCCAACAAGCCUGCUAG